AUGUCCUCAUCAGGGCAUCCUGUCGCACCCAACACAGCACUGCGCGAUGCAGACUAUCACUACAGUCAGCAACUCACAAAGUUGCAAGACGAGAUUAUGGAUCUAAACAAGAUCAUCGAGAACACUGCUGCAGAUCACCGACGCGAAGUCUCGGUACAAGCCCGCGCCAUGACCUGUCUCAAUAUGAAGAUACUGUGGCUCACAUACCAACUCGAUCCGAUUCUCAAGGUGGAUAGUAUCACGGAGAGGAUGGGCAGGCUUUUCCCAGAGAUAGCGGAGUAUUUCAUUGUUGACUGA